AGGAAUGAAGAGAAGGAAGAGGAGCGUUAGAAAGACAGUGUGGUCCACUGGAAGGAGGCCUGUAUUUGGGGUCAGAGGACCCAGGUUCAAAUCCCGCUUGUCAGGAGGAGAGGAGGAGGAGGAGGAGGCGGAGGCGGAGGCGGAGGAGGAGGUGCGGAACUGGAGCCCUCAGUCCUGCCCGGGCGCCUUUGUCCUCCCUCACUCUCGCCGUCUAUGCUCAUAUUUGGAGUUGGCUGCUCUUGCCCAGGAAUUUCCCGUCAUGCCUCCCGACGCCCUGUCGCCCGCAGCCGGGGAGGGACAGACAGCGGGGAGCCCGGCCAAGGCCACGGCGGCGGCCUCCCUCUGCCCCAUCAGUCUGUCCAUCUGUCACUCAGGCCGGCCGUCCAUGCGCCCGUCGCCGCGCGCCCUGCGGCUCUGCCUCCAGCUCUGCCUUUGCCUGGCCGCGGCGGCUGCCCAGCAGCCGGGGUCAUGUAGGGAUAGAAAGAACUGUAAGGUGGUCUUUUCCCAGCAGGAAUUGAAGAAGCGACUAACACCCCUGCAGUACCAUGUCACUCAGGAGAAAGGCACUGAGAGUGCCUUUGAAGGAAAAUAUACAAGUCAUAAAGAUCAUGGAAUGUACAAGUGUGUUGUAUGCGGGACUCCUUUAUUCAAUUCAGAAACCAAAUAUGACUCUGGUUCAGGUUGGCCCUCAUUCCAUGAUGUGAUAAAUUCAGAUGCAAUUACAUUCACUGAUGACUUUUCCCAUGGGAUGCAUAGGGUCGAAACAAGCUGCUCUCAGUGUGGUGCUCACCUUGGGCAUGUUUUCGAUGACGGGCCACGACCAACUGGCAAAAGAUACUGCAUAAAUUCUGCUUCCUUGUCUUUCACUCCUGCAGAGAAUGGUAACACCGAAGACAACAGUGUUAGCAUCCCUACCCAAGCUGGCAAAAUGGAGCUGUAGAAUGAAAUUCGAUAUGAGACAACGAUCUUACUAGUUAGUAGGGGAAAAAAAAUCAAAAUUGUCUACUACUAUCUUAUUUCAUAUAUGCAUAUAUAUUUUUCAAACAUAGAAGGGCAGUUUGUGCUAUUGAUGUUUUCUUCCUCCUCUUCCUUUUUGCUUAAACAGAGAGGCCUUAGACAUGAAUAUAUUUUGCCAUUAAUAUAAUCUUAACUAUUUGUAUGUAGAUUUAGGGAAAAGAGAUAGUUUUGAGAAUGUCUUAUCACUAGAUAUUUGAGUACUAAGCGGCAGUACUUUCUUAAAAGUGGAUUUAUAAAAUCUCUCCCUUGCAUAAGAAGAAAAGGGUAAUUUGGCUUCCAGACUCCAAAUUAGAACACUCCAGUGUCAAUGCAAUUUGAAGAGAACUGAGCCUCACUAGAGAGUUCAGACCUGCAAGACAGAUGGCCUUAGGGCAUUUGUAUGGCUCUAUUGAAGAUAAGGAUAGACUAAUGCCUUACCAUACUUAUAGGCUUUGUGGAAAGUUUGAGCUAAGGCAGUUUAUUCCCACUAAAAGGGUGUGAAGGUCUAAAGUCUUUCCUUAUGUUAAAUUGCUGCCAGAUCUGAGAGGGUACAGGGAGUGUUGUGGAAGGGGGAAAUAAACAUUACCUCACUUUCA